AUGCAGUAAAAAUACGUCUACUCUGGCAAUGUAUUUUGGAACUUCUUGAAAGGAGUUUUAUUUACUAACGAAAGAGGAACACACAUCGUUGCUCCGUUUAGAUCUCCUAACAAGCUUUUUGUGUGGCGUAAUACCCAACUAGACGGCUAUAAAAUCACUGAUGAUUUCUAGGAUAAACCAACUGAUCUUAGCAAUUAUUUGUUCAUUAGAACCAGAGAAAGAUUGCUUCUUCUCAACAGAGUCUAUGCCCCACACAAAGUUCUUUCAAAAGGAAAAAAUAACUCAUAUUAAGAGCAAUACUCUACUCAAUCUUUAAGAGAAGUAGAGGAAGAUCUGGCCAAACAUCUCCCAAAUCUUGAAAGAUUAAUUAAAAUAUUAAACCCAGAGAAAAAUAAUCUCCCCGUUGCAUUCGCUUCAAAUGCUCUUUAUAUUCUUGAGAAAAAUGGAUUAGGAAACAGAGAGGAAUAUGAGAGAGUACUUUUGCCAGUUCUAAGAUAGAAGAUCCAGCAUAUUCAUGCUGAAGGUGUUUCAUAAAGUGUUUGGGCUUUGGCAAACGCUCAAAUUUGGGAUGAAUAAUUAUGGGGUUCAUUGAAAUAAUUAGCUAUUGAAAAGACAUUUGAUUAUUAAGUUGUUAAGAAUGAAAGAUGGAGUGCUACUCAUUUCCAAACUCCCUCAACCUUAGAUCACAUGUAUCAAUCUGCUUACAACUCAUAAACAAAUCAAAUGUUCUUUGGAGAUAAAUUGAACUUUUUCGAGUUAUACAGUGGAUUACAAUUGGCUCAUUCAGCAAACCCAGCUCUUGGCCUUGGAGAUACAGUCAAAUAAUUAGAGCAAAAAUACUCUCACCUUCUUACUCACAAUAGUGUAUACAGAGCCUUAGAAGACACCCAGAGAGAACUCGAAGCCUAAAGUGUACCCGCAACCAAGGAAGCACACAACGCUUGA